UCUACAUAGAAACAGAGGAACACAAUGGCCUCUCUCUUCACACCAUCACCAACCACCAGGAGUGGUGGCGGAGACGCCGUCUACGUAGCGGCAGUGCCGCUUAAAGCCGCGGCCGAUCCGCCACAACUUAUUAUGUCAAUGGCUUACUCACUUAAUCUCUCGAAUUUACAACAUUUCAUGGUCCUCAUCAAACCUUCUUCUCUAACUCAUCAAGAGGUCAUUGUGUUUGAUUUUCAGCCACGUAAUCCAGAAAGUAUAGAAGCAGCAAUCUCAGUUUUGUCAGGAAAUUUGAUUCCAGGUGUAGUUCUUGAAAGAAGGUUGAAGAAGGUUCCAAGACAAAGAUGUUGGUUGGUUGGAUCAUCUAAAGGGAAUGCUAUGGAAAUGGCAACUGAGUUUAAUGGCUCAUGGGAGACUGAUCUUAGAGUUGGAUUUCAUGAUUGCCGAAACUAUACCAAUGAACUUGUCCAACAUCUGACCGGAGAAAUGCAAAUCUUGGAGCGACUCCCAAGAAGCUAAUGUUAAUAUCCACCUUAAUAAUAGAUGAAACCAAUGUUCACUUGUAUACUAAGAUUUGUAAUAGUUAGUAGUUGAAAGUUUAAACUAUAUAUUUAUUUUAGUAUUAUUUUGUAGGUUUUGUCUAUCUUUAUAAAUACUCUUCUUGAGUUA